AUGAGGCCAGUCACUCCCUCUCGGCUGGACAGCAUAGUCGAGCGGAAGGAGGUUUGUCUCCUAAACCUGACGCGCUUCACAAUCCAAUUUGUCACCUUCCUUGUCAACGACUCAGCUGGCAACAUCGCCACGAAGCAAGGCAAUAAGCGGCUGCCUCUUGAGUUGUGGUGGGACAUUAUUGCUUGGACAGCGACGGAUCCGAGGCACCACACUUACUGCCUUGUUCAGGCUCAAUUCUUGGAAGAGCAUGGGGCACAGCGCACCCUGGUUUGCGCCAAAAUUCUGGAAUGGGAUCUUUGUGGCCUUCUAGAGACAGAUGGCGCCCGCAACGAGUACAACGCCUAUCUAAAUCGUCCCGGUGAAGGGCAUGACCCAAAGCGCCCCUUCGUUCUGCCAGAUGCGAACAAUCAACAUUCCCUCAUUAAGAUCAAAGACUCGCUGAUGGGCCCCGACAGCGAGAUUCUAUUCCGGGCCAUAUCCGUUUCUGACAUUAUAUCUCGGGUUGAAAAAGGCGUCUGUUUCUUCUGCGACAGCGAGCGAUGGAUUCUCUUGUAUCGGGAUUACGAGGAUGAAGGGUUCUUUGGAUUUGCUCUUCCAUACGGAAUCACUGGUUCAUCAAUACCAUGUCCACUCUGCAUAGACACGAAUACUCCGGAGUCUAUGGACGAACUUGAGAGCGAUGAAUAUGAGCAAGAGACCAGGGAAGCAUUUGAGGAGCUCGGAUACAUAUUCCAUUACGCGGGGUAG